CGGCCGGCAAACAGCCAUGGCUCCCGCCGGUCAGGCCCGGCGCGGCUUCUCCUUCCAGGAAGACAACUUGGCCUCCCCUGCUGAUUCGUAUCAUGAUGCGCCGCUCAAGAUUGUUGAAUAUCCGGAUCCCAGGUUGAGGGCUAAGAACAAGAGGAUCGGUACCUUUGACGAGAGUUUGAAGAAGUUAGCCGACGAGAUGUUUGAUGUAAUGUACAAAACUGAUGGCAUUGGGUUGUCGGCACCCCAAGUUGGGAUGAACAUUCAGCUUAUGGUUUUUAAUCCUGUUGGUGAACGUGGUGAAGGAGAAGAGAUUGUGCUUGUAAACCCUGUAGUGCAGAAGUCCUCUAAAAAUACUUUUUCUUACAAUGAAGGCUGCUUAUCGUUUCCUGGAAUCUAUGCUGAUGUAGUGGUAAUUGUUAAUCUCUUCGACACCUGCUGAAGUUUGAAUGGAAGU